GGUUUUUUCCUUUAAAAAAACCUCGCAGUAUACAAGGAACUCACUCCCUCUGGAGACUGAAGCCUCAGCUUGCUGGACUGAGUACCUACCCCAGUGGGACAGAAAAAUAAACCUUAUGCAGUUACAACGGUCAACAGCUGUCCAGCCGACUCUGUUUCUUCCUACUAUCCUCUACAGCAGGUCAGAAACAAGUCCAAAAACAAUGAAUAUCACUACUCAGGCUUCAGGAAUUCCUUCGCUCAGACUUCUGGGAAAUGUAGUCAAAGAGACUGUGACGUCACAGGCAGACGUCCAGGAACUCCCGAUCCAGUUGUUGGUCUCUAAAAGUGCCUCUUCCCCAAACUUGGGCACCAGUCUGCCCUGCUGCGUCUCCUGCUGCGUCUCUGACUUGGAGGAAAUGCUGUCCUUCUGGGAUGUGGCCAUUGAGUUCUCUCCAGAAGAGAGGGAAUGUUUGGAGCCUGCUCAGUGGAAUCUGUACAGGGAUGUGAUGUUGGAGAAUUACAGCCACCUUGAUUUCCUGGGUCUUGCUGUGCCUAAGCCACACCUGGUGACAUUUCUGGAGCAAAAACAAGAGCCUUCAGGUGUAAAGAGACAAGCAGCAGCCACUGUGCACCCAGGAACAACACCCAAUGAUUAUAAUGUUUACAACAAGACCAUUGAAUGUAACUCAGUGAGUAUUCAACACCAGAGAAUUUAUACAAAGGAGAAACCAUGCAAGUGCAAAGAAUGUGGUAAGGCCCUUAGUUCUAAUAGGACACUUUCUAUACACCAGAGACUUCAUAGGAGGAAGAAAAGUUACAAGUGUGAGGAGUGUGGAAAGGUCCUUAGAUCUUCUAAAACACUUUCUAUACACCAGAGACUUCACACUGGAGAAAAACCCUACAAAUGUAAAGAAUGUCAUAAGGCCUUCAGUACACGCUCAUCACUUUUUAUACACCAGAAAAAUCAUACUGAUGAAAAACCCUAUAAGUGUGAAGAGUGUGGCAGAUCAUUUUACUAUCCUUCAAUGCUGAAGCAACAUCAAAGAAUUCAUUCUGGAGAGAAACCCUACAAGUGUGAAGAAUGUGGCAGAGCUUUUUAUGAUCCUUCAUUCCUUAAAAAUCACCAAAAGAUUCAUUGUGGAGAGAAACCGUAUAAGUGUGAAGAAUGUCACAGAGCUUUUCGUUAUCACUCAAACCUUAAGAACCACAAGGCAGUGCACACUGGAGAGAAACUUUACCAUCGUAAACUGAGUAGAAAAGGAUUUACUAAGCCUGCUCUCCUCAGUGAGAACAAGCCAGCUCGUAUUGCAGAGAAAGCCUACAAGUGUGAAGAGUGUGGCAAGUGUUUUGCAUCUUCUGCAUCCCUCUCACGACAUCAAAGAAUACACUCUGAAGACAAGUCCCACAAGUGUGCAGAGUGUGGCAAAACGUUUUCCCUCUUUUCAGUCCUUCAAGAGCAUCAGAGAGUCCAUACUGGAGAGAAACCAUACAAGUGUGAUGAGUGUGGCAAAUGUUUUUUCUCAUCUUCAUCCCUUAAACGACAUCAAAGAAUUCACUGUGAUGACAAUCCUUAUAAGUGUGAAGAGUGUGGCAGGUGUUUUCACUCAUGGUCAGCCCUUAGAGGACAUCAUAUAGUUCAUUCUGGAGAGAAACCAUACAAGUGUGAAGAAUGUCACAAAGCUUUUCGUUAUCAUGCAAGCCUUAAGGACCACAAGGCUACUCAUACUAGAGAGAAAAUCUACAAGUGUGAACUGAGUAGAAAAGGAUUUACUAAGCCUGCUCUCCUCAUUGAGAAGAAGACAGCUCAUACUACAGAGCAAACCCAUGAGGGUGAAGAGUGUGGCAAAUGUUUUUUCUCAUCUUCAUCCCUUAGAAAACAUCAAAGGAAUCACUGUGAGGACACUCCUUACAAGUGUGCAGAGUGUGGCAGGUGUUAUCACUCAUGGUCAGACCUUAGAGGACAUCAAACAGUUCACACUGGAGAGAAACCAUACAAGUGUGAAGAAUGUCACAAAGCUUAUCGGCAUGUAUCAUCCUUUAGGAAACACAGGAGAGUUCACACCGGAGAGAAAUCCUGCAGUAAUGACUUCUCUUUGCAGUAACCCCCAACCCUUUGUUCAAGUAGUGUGUUUGAACCAUGUCUUGAUUAGUGAGUCUCUUUCUUCUGUAACUAUAAAUGUUCUAUGAAACCGUU